GGAUUAGCCUCAGUUGCAAGCUAGUUCCAGUCCAAUACCGGGAAUACAUAUAUGGCCAAUUGUUUGCGUCAGGGAUGGACAGGACAUUUCAGCGUGAGGAUCUUGGUAGGCACGGGUUUGCCUGCAAAAUAGUUCCUGAAUACUCUGAGGCGAAACAGAAAACAUUCACGGGAUGCAUGCACAGAAGAGGAACAAAAAAAUUCCCAAUAAAAGCUCAAAGCAUCAUACCAGCACCGUCAUAUUUUAAGUACGCUGGCUAUGCAGAACUAAACGGUGAAGAGUGCGCCAAAUGGGAACAUUCGUUCACAAUUUACGAUAAAGUCAACACGUACACAUUAUACACAACUAAAACCCGACCGCCAAGACCUUUGCGAUACGAAAUGAUGGGAUAUGAUACGUUACUGUCAUCUUACUAUGAUCACUACAUCCUGGAUUACCACGAAUUUGAAGCUUGGAAAUUCAGUUAUAAAGUAUUUGAUAUUCCAACAGAUCUCCAAUGUUUCGAUUUUUCGCACGAGAAACUGGAGAAAUCUCUUGGUGAAAUAAAUCCAAUGGUAGAAUUUAUGCCUCACAGUACAUCCGGGUCUCCAUAUACUUUGUCACACUCGUCAAAUUACGUCACGACCACUCCGUCCCCGGCUGAGACCGAUCCUCUGCAAUAUCUGCUGCAGUCCUUAAACAAAAUGCCAGUAGUUAAUGCUGGCAUUGUUGACCCGUCACAAUCCGCAACGAGUGCUCAGCGGUCUCUCGAGAAAGAGAAUGAGACUCGGCCGUCACCAGUCCCCAAGAGUACAGGCGGGAUCAGAAAUGGUGACCUGAACUCGAAUUACCAGGUUGCUAUGCGUCACUAUGAAGACGUGGUCAACACUUUGUUUCAGUCGUUCAAGACGAAGUAUAGAAAGAAUUAUAUCUCAAAGAGAGAACACGAGACACGGAAAGACAUCUACAGACACAAUUUAAGAUACAUCAAGUCAAGAAAUCGCCAACACCUGGGAUACAGGUUGAAGACUAAUCACAUGGCAGACAUGACGGAGGAAGAGAUGGAACAGAAGAAGGGACUGUUAACAAAUAACCAACCUGAUGCAUUAAAUGGCGGGAAGAGAUUUGAAAUACCCAAGGGAACUAACAUCAAGUCUUUACCAGAUGCUGUUGACUGGGCAAAAUCGGGUGAGAUGGGGAAGUAUUUACAUUUAAAACAUAGAGUAAAAUAAUGGUUUGUUUGUAGGUAAAGUCUACUUACGAGGCGAGGGGCCCAUCAGGCCGGUGCAUUACAAAUUAUUUAUUUACCUUUCUCCAAACACGUAAAAUAAUGCACAUUCUGCAUCUAUUGGUCACGCCAUGACGUAAGAGAUCGUCUCGUUCUGAAAAUGACCUUUCGAUUAUACAGAAAUUUUCGAAAAUUUUUAACGGGAAUUUUCGUUCCAUAUGACUUUCCUCCGAAAAUUUCCUACUGAAUGGUUCACUUUUCGGAAAUUCAACAAUUUCCGGAUUUUCCGGAAACUUUCCCAGGAAAUUUUCGUGCCAUUUGUCUCCGUCUCAAAAUUUUCGGAAUAUUUGGUUGAAUGGAAA